GUAUUGCACAGGAGACGAAGCAAAAGUCGACGCUGUAUCGCUGUUGAGCAAGAGUGUUUAUUACGGUACGAUAGCAGAAUUUUUGUUAAAUUAGGACAAAAUUGAAGUCAUUAUAUAUUAUGUAAUUAAUAAAUUGAGAGAAGUUAUUAGUAUUUCAACAGUGGCCAACACUCAACACAACAGCCCUAUUUUUAAUAUUUUGUAUUGAACACGGUUGAUGUCUGUUGAAGCAAAACCAUAUAACAGCUUGUUGCUUAAUUCUCGGUUCAUCUCGUAUGGUUUUCUAUAGCAUAGGAUAUAACUUUAGACUGGUUUGACUAAGAAUGACAAAUUGUAGCAAAUAAGGGAUAUUUCGAUCCUCUGAGAUUUUUCAUGAUUUUUGGCACCACAAUCGAGUGACUAGCAUGCAAGACGUUGGUCGAGGCUCGACGGCCCUCGACCCGCGCGCUCUCUCAACUUCCGAAGUGCUUGAUUGAGCUCUUAGGCUCUCUAAAACUCGUAAAAAAUAUUUUGUAACACAAAAUUUUAUCCAUGAAAUGCAAAUUAUUUUCCUUCCUGAUGAAAUUUCAAUUUCUCCUAGAAUAAGCGAAUUAUACUAAAACGUUUCUGAUUGGCUACUUGAAAAUCGGCUGAUAGUUGGCCAUGGCCUUGAAAUUCUAUGAAAUCCGAGUUGUGCUUGAACAGCGCAAGGCCAAGCAUAAAUAAUUAUUAGUUUCACGUCCUAUCUUUUCAACAGAACGGAUAGCCUGCAUAGCAGACGGUUUUUAAACCGUCAGCUACGCAGGCUACAGAAAGGAUAAUGCAGGUCAUUUUUUAAAAUUUCUUUAUAAUUAACACAAUCUGGUUACGUGGUCCUGGUAUAUAGUUAUAAAUAUGACAAACAGUACAUUCACAAGUUAUGUAACGUUAAUACGUUAUUGGUUAUUUAUGGCUUGAAACUACGCUUGUUUUUAACUUUGAUAAUUUUAGCCUGUUGUUUGCACUCAUCAUACAAAGGAUACGUGCAGUUUGGAGUUGAUUUCUGGAUCUGAAAAUGUAGCAAGCAGUAUUAGUUGGCUCUGCCAAGCAGGCUAAAACGUAUGGCGUAGUAUGUGGCUUCUAUAGGAUAGGAACAAGUGAGUUUGUCAUUGACAUAAACAAUGUCAUGCAAAUAUCAGUUCCGUUUUUCUGAUAUCCCUAUAGCCUGGCAGUGAGUGCGUAGCUGGCGGUUUUACUGACGUGUUUAUAACUGUAUAUUAUCAGCGAAGAUUUUUUCGGUCAAGUUAAUCUCAGUCAACGAAAAAUACGUAAGCCGUCGGCCCGUCGCUAAGGAUUUUUGUGCCUCUUUCUCUGUUUUUCCUGCUCUUCUUGUAAGAUUUUCAAUGCCGUACUUGAGGAACAAAUGAAUAAAUACUGCGUGGCAUGGAUGCAGAUAUUUGUCUGUGUUUUCGGAAAUGUCAAAAGCAAAGGGAUUUGAGAACGGAUUAAUGUGGAGGUAGCCUCUAUCCUACUUCGAACAUUUCGUGCGACACUGGAAAUGGAUGUAUUUUCUCUCUUUGAUGUUAUUCUCAUUAUACUGACGAUUGCCUCAGUAGUUUAAAAUCGUGCCUGGAGACUGGUUUGUUUGUACUAUAUGACUGCACUCUGCAGUCAACGGGUUUAGAUGUCAAGGAAUUAAAGAGCAUAGCUCCACGCCUCCACUAUACUGUAUAGGCGAGUUUAGACAUCUCACUCGAUAUAACUUAUGUCUAAUUUUUGAAGGGAUUUGUAGAUGGAAAUUUCGAGUGGAAUUUUUAUACAUUUAUUAGAUCUAACCAGGAGCAGUUCAAUCUCGAAACCAGGGCCUGCAAUCCUCUGUGGAGGCUUACUGAGGCUCUGGGAAACACCAGCGAAAGUCGAUCGGGCUCUGAUUGGUUGUUUUUCAAGUGCUAAUUAUUAUUCAAACUGUGGGUCUGUUUAGUGAUUCAAACAUCGUUUAAUUAAUAUAACGUUUAUUUCUCUUUGCAUGUGUAUUAUGUUUAAACAUAUCAAUGAAACACACAGCAUAACUUUAAUCAUACUUUAAUAAAACAACAGUGCAGCAUUACCAUAUAAGGUCAUAAUAAGCCGUUACCUAUAAUAUUUAAAAUAACACAACAAUCCAUGACUUACCGUAAUUAAACAAGUUAAAAUAAAUCACUACUAAUUCAAAACCAUGGCAAGUGUUCUUUGAAGAAUUAAAGUCGUAAUAAGCUUAAACAACGGCAUAAUUCAUGUUUGACGGCAGUAAUGUCUAUUUAUAAAUGUCGAGCGAAGUACUGGAUCCAAGUGUACUGAUUUUCGUGCAAAAGUCGCCGGUGUUUCCCAGAGCCUAAGCAAGCCUCCACAGAGGAUUGCAGGCUCGGGUUUCGAGAUUGGAAGCAGUUGCGAACAAUGCAACUCCUUUCCGUCGACCCGCGAAUUUUAAGGCGGGCGAAACGUAGGUCUGUUUUCAGGCUAAACUUUUGGGUGCUAUAGUCCCCUUAAUAGUCUCGCCCCCUGUUCCGCCACUCUUGCAGGCUCCUCCAUUUACUGUUCUAGAACAUUUGGAACACUGUUCUAGAACGAUACGAAAUGGAGUACACACGGCGAUCUGAAAAAGUGUUUAGUUUAUUAUAUAUGCGUGCAACCAUGCAUUACUUUAUCAUUAGUUAUUCGUAUAAUAAAUCGUAUAAUGAUUUGCUGUUAUUUGUACAUCUAAGUAUGCUUUUGUAACGUUUUUACUCGUUAAUAAUUCAAUUAAAAUGCAAUAUAAAGACACUAAAAUAAAUAAACUGAAAAGCAUACAACACAGACACAUAUCAAUGCUUGGGCUCCUGUAGAACGUGGAGCACAUUGAGUGGACUAUGGUUGAUAAGGGGGAAAUAUUUCUGCCCACAUGCGGAAGAAUGCGGAAGUCUUAGCUUUGCGCAAUUCAAUAAACCUGUUGCAACCUGUUGUAACCUGUUGAAAUGCUUAGAGAAGAAGCGAAAGCUAUAGUGGACGUUGUUGAGCAAGAGUGUCUAUUACGGUACGUCAUAGCAGAAUUUUUGUUACGUUAGGACAAAAUUGAAGUAAUUAUAUAUUAUAUAAUUAAUAAAUUGCGUCAGUACUAGUAUUUCAACAUGCAGUGAACACAACUAUUACAGCUCUGACAAACAGCCCUAUUUUUCGAUUUCGUAUGUAAACAUGGUUGAUGACUGUUGAAGCAAAACCGUAGAAAAACUUCCUGUUAGUUCUUGGUUUAUCUGAUACGGUUUUCUAGAUCUGCAGCAUAGGAUAUAACUUUGGAUUGGUUUCAACAACAGAUUGUAGCAAAUAAGGGGUCUUUCCUCUGCAAUUUUUCAUUAUUUUUGGCGUCCACAAUCGUCGGAGUGAUUAGCAUGGCGCAGGAAGUUUGUCGAGGCGCUUGGUUGAGGUCGUAUAUAGGCACGUCAAAGCGUAUGCUAGUUUUUUCUACCUGCAUGGUAAAAUUUCAAUUUCUCCUACCAUAAGCAAAUUACUAAGACAUUUCUGAUUGGCUGCUUGAAAAUAUCCGAUAGUUGGCCACGGCCUUGAAAUUCUACGAAAUCCGAAUGGCCAAAUGGGGCUUGAACAUAAGGCCAAGUAAAAUUAAUUAAUUGUUUCCGCACUAAUUCCUGUCUUUUCAACAGAAAGGAUAAUGUGGAACUUUCGGUCGGUUGGUUUUCAACUUUGGUAAUUUUAGCCUGUUGUUUGCACUCAUCACACAAAGGGCCACAAAGGAUACGUGUCUGGAAUCGAUUGCAGGAUGCAGAUCGUGUUCAUUUCCGCAAUAAUACAACAUCAGUUCUGAUUUCCGCAAUAAACAUUUAGCAGGUAGUAUUGGUGGGCACUGCUACGCAUAAAAAUGUAGCGUUGUAUACGGCUUCUAUACUAGGAACAAGUGAGUUUGUCAUUGAGAUAAACAUACUCAAUAUUUCGGUAUAUCAAUAUGCAAUUAGUCGAGCCGAAUCACGCACCUCGACCUUGAUAUAUCAGUUCUGGAUGUAUCACAGAAACCUCAUCCAAUAACUCGGUUUAUUAUCAGCGAAGAUUUUCGGUCAAAUACGCAAGCCGUCGGUAAGGAUUUUUUUCCCUGUAUUUAUCUUGUCUUUUUGCAACGAUUUCCGUACAAUAAUUAAUGAAUAAAUGGAGGACAAAGAUAUUUGUCUGUGUUUUGGACAUGUCAAAAACGAAGCUGUGGGUAAUUUAGGAUUAAUGUGGAGGUAGCUUCAGCAUACUACAUACAACCGUUCAAGCGACACUAGAGAAUGGAUGUAUUUUCGCUCUUUUGAUGUUAUACUCAGCAUUGUACUGUCGAUCACCUAGUCAAAACCCGUGCCUGGUGAGUAUUAAUUGUUUCCACUAUGACUGUCUAACAGUCAAACAGGUUUAGACGAAAAGGAAAAGAGUGAAAGACCCUGGUAUUGUCUGGUAAUGAUAAUGAUAAUGAAAUUACAUUUGUAUAGCGCAUUUUUCAUGUGGAUAUGUUCAAGUGCGCUUCUUACAGUAAUAAAUAAUAUACAAAUUAUAAAUAUUAGAUAAAAAUAUAUUACAAUAAUGUUAAGAAUUUAUAAAAGUAUCACAGUGAUAACUAGAAGUAAAAAUGGAACAUGCACAAGCAUUAAUUAAAAGCUUCUAAGAAUAGAAAUGUCUUUAGUAACUUUUUAAAUGUAGCUGUUGAGGAUGCAAUCCUGAUAGCUUUGGGAAGAGCGUUCCACAAAGUUGGGGCAGCGAGAGAAAAUGAUCGAUCACCCAAGGUCUUAAGAGUUUUAAGUCUGGGGCGUUCUAGUAGACACGGAUCAGAGUGGGAUCUAAGGUUGUAACUGGUGGGUUUUUUAGUUGAGAGGAGCUCUUUAAUGUACGUCGGAGCUUGAUUGUUUAGGGCCUUGUAUGUAAUAAGAAGGAUUUUAAAGUCGAUGCGGGACUUAAUCGGGUGCCAAUGAAGAUCAUAUAAGACAGGAGUGAUAUGAUCGAACCGAGGAGUAUUGCAGAUAAGCCGGGCUGCCGCGUUUUGAACAGCUUGUAAUUUCCUCAGUUGGGUUGAAGGAAGGCCAUAAAAAAGACUGUUACAGUAGUCCAGGCGGCUUAUAACGAAAGCCUGCACAAGAAUCUGAGUUGUAUGUUGAUCGAGGAACUUCCUAAUACGUCUAAUGUUAUAAAGGUGAAAGAAGGCAGCUUUGCAGCAUUUAGUAACAUGGGUGUCCAUUUUCAUCUGCGAGUCAAACCAGCAGCCGAGGUUCUUGGCGUUCUCAACACAAGUAACAACAUUGCUGCCAACACGAAUAUUGUUGAAGUCGAUUUUUUCGAGUUGUUGCCACGUGCCGAUUAGAAUUACUUCAGUUUUUCCCUCGUUGAGUUUCAGUCUAUUAGCAAGCAUCCAUCGUUUGAUGUCAUCAAUGUACAUCUCAACAGUUCGGACUGCAGUUUCUUGGUCGAUACGAGAAUCUGCGCGAAACGAGAUAUAAAGCUGGGUGUCGUCGGCAUAAGCAUGUGCAUCUGGUAGGUGACGCUCUAUUAACUCAAGUAGUUCGCUUACAUAAAGAACGAACAGAAGCGGACCUAGACACGAUCCCUGAGGAACACCACAAUCAACUUUGAAUUUCUCGGAGGACACACCGCCAACUGUAACUCUUUGUGUUCGCUGAGAAAGGUAAGAUGUAAACCAUUUAAGAACAGUUCCAGAUAGACCGAAUUUCAAUUGCAGGCGCUGAAGUAGGAGAACAUGAUCGACGGUAUCAAACGCAGCACUGAGGUCGAGCAGUACAAGUAAAGUGACGUGUUGCCUAUUCAUGUUCAUAAGUAUAUCGUUCUUAACACGCAGUAGUGCUGUCUCGGUGCUAUGAAAUUCUCGAUAUGCCGAUUGAUUACCAGGGUACAAAUGAUGAACUGAUAGAUGAUUAUGGGAUUGAUUGUAAACUGUCCUUUCGACUAGUUUUGAAACGUAUGGGAGGUUGGAGAUAGGUCGUAGGUUUUCAAAUAUUACUUCCAAGCCUUGUUUCUUGAGUCUUGGCUGGACAUCAGCCUCUUUCCAGACACAUGGGAAAAUGCCAGACUCUAGUGAAAGGUUAAUCAUUUUGGUAAUAACAGGCAGAAGAACAUCCAGGCAUUCGACGACCAAUUUAGUUGGGAUAGGAUCCAAGGAACUAGAUUUCUUGUUUGACGAGGUUAUUAGCCGUUCAGUAUCAUCAUCGCUCAUAGGAGAAAAUUCUUGAUAAAUCUGGUCACUGUUCAGUGAGACCGACGGCAUGUCAGAAAAAACUGCUUGUUCAUAGGUUGAUGCUGUAUCAAGUUCAGAGCGAAUAUUGAUAAUCUUUUGAGCAAAGAAUUGUCCUAAAUCAUUAGAGAGAGCAUUGCUGUCGUUAUAGUGGGGAAAGGCAAGAUCAGAAUCAUGUCUAAAAAGACCUUUAGUUGCACGAAAUAGUUUCCUCUGAUCUUGACUGUUCUCUGAGAUAAACUGUCUAUAGAAAUUUUGCCGCGCUUGGUUCAUAAGAAACGUUGUAUGAUUUUUCGCAGUUUUAAAAGCAAGGAAAUCAGUCGGAAGUUUAGUACGUCUCCAUUUUCUUUCUGCUUUCCUUCUCAAACGCUUUGCACAUUUAAUCUCAUCAUUGUACCAUGGGACCGCAGGCCUGGUGGUAAUAGUCUUGGAGAUCAGUGGCGCUUGAUGAUUUAGAGCAGUCAUCAAGGUAUUAUUAUAGCAUGAAACCAGGUCUAUCAGCUUGGAUGGUGGGUUUUUACAGAGGUCGGAAGAGGAUAUUUCUUCUUUUAAAGCCUCGAUAUUGACAGAUUUAAGUUUACGAAAAGAAAUAUGUUUCUGUGUUAGUGGUACUGCGUUAGAUUCAAGGUUACAAAGAACAGCGUUAUGGUCAGAAAACAAAUGGUCAACCCUCGGAAUGCUGGUGAUGAUAUUAUCAGUCUGCUUGGUGAUUAUUAAAUCAAGGGUAUGGCCAGAGCAGUGAGUGGAGCCUCUGACAUGCUGUUUAAGUCCGGUACUUUCAAGGAGAUCAAGGAAUUUAAUGGAAUCUAAGUUGUCCGUACAGUCGACGUGGAUGUUGAAAUCACCCGUUAUUAGGAGAGGGUCGUUGGACAAAGUAAUUGAUUCCAAGAAGUUGGUAAACUCGGAGAAAAAUACACUUGUAGUCACCGGAUGAGCGUCUGAGUACGGUGGUCGAUACACAAUUAUUAAAUGUAGGCGGCGAGAUCCAUUAACAACGCUCCAUUCAGAGUAUUCAAAGGAACGAAGUUCGCCAGCAGCUAGUUUUUUGACAGUAAUAUUCUCCUUAAAUAAAAUUCCUGUCCCACCACCUACACGAUUAGAGCGGGGGUGGUCGAGGAGAUUGUAUCCAUUUGGCGUGCACAAUACUCUAGUAGCCGACUCAGUGUUUGUAAACCAAGUUUCAGUGAGUGAUACAAUAUCUGCUUUGCAAUCAACAACAUAGUCGAUAAAUUGAGCAGCCUUGUUGUUAAGUGACUGUGCAUUAAGUACACAUAGUGUAAACAGUUCACCGAUCCUAUUGUUGUUAAUAUCUGCAGCGGGAGUAUCAGGGAGCAGUGUUAUGUUUAUUAUGUUGUUUUCAUUUACUGUUCUAUUCUGUGCAUAUGCAGAUUUGCAUGGUGGUCGAUGCGUGACGAGGGUCUCAAUGUUGUUCUUUUUAUAAUCAGAUAGUAUAUUUUCUUGUUGUCUCCCAGCCUUCCCAUAACAAUGCAAUAAGCCUGAAUUCUCGAGGUCUGUCAGGAAUUGGGAGCAAGCCAUGUGUGUACGACACUCCAAGUUACGGCGCAAGCUCGUCGACAUGUCCGGAGAGAAAGAUAAGCGGCUACCAACAGCACGCUGCGGUUGAAUACAAGAUGCCGUCUUUCUUCCGUUCAAACUUAAAUUACAUACUGUGUCAUUCCCAGUUUCUGGGCCAGGAUUAAGCGAAAUGUCCAUGUAUAUGGUUAUAUUGAUAACAGGUUCCGAGUCGGUUACAGCUAGGCUAAUAUAGCCAUGUUUAUGCCAUCUGAACUGUCUGCAUCGAAGCUUCGAUUUAUUCGACAUUCGCUUCGCCUUCAUUAAAGAAUUUGAAAAAGGCAAGAAUAGUUGCUGAUGCGCCGUUGAAUUUGUAGUUUCGACAUCCCUGAAAGGUUCUGUGAUAGAUCUAGGGUAUUUUAAACCGUACCACGAUUCCAAAGAAGUUAUUAAAAGUAUUAAUAAUGUAGAUUUCAACGGAGCUAAAUAUAUCUACAAAAAUUAAUUGCCCAAGGGGGAGUUGGCAAUUGUCAAAUUACAUGCUUCCACAGAAAACGUUAAAUUUCUAAUACCAGGAGUGGGAGUUUACGAUACAUAGUUCGAAGCGCCCGCUAACUUCUAUUUUAUACUUCUGUUUGCUUUUAAAUUAUGAAAACACUGUAGCAUUUUAUCAGCAGUCAAGUCAAGAAACAAAUAAAAUCGUAUAGUUUGAAGUUGGGUAUUCUCUUUCAAACAUAUUUUGAUAUCAAACCGGUCAGUCGCCGUCAACGUUUUUAUAUUUUCUCUUCUAUCUGUUUCUAAAAUAUGCCAUUAGAUUUGUUGUUUGCAAACGUUGAUAUACUCUGUGCCGAUUUACUAAUAGUACGCGUUUUGUUUAUUGAAGAUUGAUAAAAUUUUGAAAAGUAACUUUUUGCCACAAAUUACAAUGUAAACAUGACACUGCCAAACAGAGACUAUUCAGUCUCUUUAUAAUAAAACUGUCGAUGAUUUAUCUUUGAAAAUACUUUUAAUUUAAUAGUUUAUCAUAUUUAAAACUUGUAGAUAGGUAGGUUGCCAGGUAGUAAAGUAUAAAAAUUUCCAGAUGAAUGUACAAAAAUUCUCAGCCUCAGGGAAAUGCGUAUAUCAGGUGGUAUAUACAAUCACGGCCUCCAAGGCCCUCCAUGACUAUGAAUUAAGCAACGGGGCCGUUUAUCUCUAGUGCAACAUAUUUAGACUCUAAAUAUGUAUAUUAAUACUAUUAUAUAUAUUGAUAUCUAAACAGACUAACAUGCAGUGUGACCCAUGGGCGUACCGGAAGGAAAAAAUUAGGGGGGCGGAAAGAAAAUCACCCGACUUUUCGUGAUUGUGCCCGACUAGUACCAAAAAAUCCCCCCCCCCGUCGCCAAGGGGUCCAAAAAAUAGGGGUCAAAAAAAUUUUCCGGACAUACCAAAAUUUUUCAGAACAUCACACAAAUUUUCAAAAAAACACCACAUUGGCCACAAAAUUGACUGAAUUUUCGAAAAAAUUCACCGAAUUUGUCCCAUUAAUUUUUAUAACAAACCAAAAUUGCCCGACUGUUAAUCGAAUAUUGCCCGACUGCCCGAAAAACUGGGGGGCUACCGCCCCCCCCCCUGUACGCCUAUGGCAGUGUCCCACACGAGCAUGCAUAAUAUAAAGUCAGUAUUAUAUUUCACAAAGUAAAAAUUUCUCGCGUAUUACUGUUAAAACAUCGAUCAACAAAUUGCAGUAAAGCCAAUGUCACAAUUAAAGCUACUUAUAAAAUUUGUGGUCUGUUAACUCUAAUACAUGUGGUCUGUAUUCUCUGAUGUCAAACAGAUUAAAGUUACAACUAGAGGGCACUCAGAGACUGCAUAUCUCCGCCCGCUACUCGGAAGUGAAAAAAGCGCAAACUACAGGGUUUAUAAAAAAAACGCAACCUGUCGAUUUCUUGGGAAAUUCCAAGGUUGCGUUUUUUUUAUACACCCUUUAACCAAAAGUAAUCUAUUGUUAUUAGAAUUUGAAUGGCCUAGCACUUUGCUGAACGCAAUGAUGCGUAACUCCGUAAGCCUCGUUUUAGACAUUGAAUUUCGACCGAAAUUCGGCGUAUAAAACGUAUCUAAAAUAUUGCCAGCGUUUAUAUAUUAAGAAAUUAGAAUAUAUUUGUAAAGCACACGAUUUUAGAGCAGCCUUUCUUAUAUAAGUGAGAUUUACAAUUGUAUACAAUCUAAAAAGAUACCAUUAAUUACAUUAUUUGUAUACCUUUACAUACCCUGUAUACUGCGUGCAUAAAUUAUACACGUCCAAUUACGCAUUCAGUAAGAUUUUUUAAUUGACCGGGAAAAGCAAGAUUCACUGUGCUCGUUGACUAUCAUGAUAUUGCUUCGCAUGUGUAUAUAGCUUUUAUAAAAAUCCUAAAAAAUUCCUUUAAUUUCUAGAAAAUAUAGUUUUUAAAAGAAUUCAAAACUAUUUCCUGAAUUAAAUACGAAUUUAAUACGAUAUAUUGGUUAAUUCCUGGUGUUACAUCCUAAUAAUCCCUACUUAUCACUGGUAAUCUAGUACUUCUUGGUAAACUAAGUUAGUAAGCCUUGGUAAGUUAGGUAAGCCUUGGUAAGUUAGUAAGCCUUGGUAUGUUAAUCCUUGGUAGGUUAGUAAGCCUUGGUAAUCUAGUUCUCCUUGGUAAUCUAGUAAUCCUUGGUAAUCUAGUAAUCAUUGGUAAACUAGUAAGCCUUGGUAAGUUAGUAAGCCUUGGUAAGUUAGUAAGCCUUGGUUAAGCCUUGGUAAGUUAGUAUGCCGCUGAACAAUGAAAUUGCAGACUUUGCUUGCGCUGUGUGCCCACGGCAUUUGUGCCUGCGGAGACACAGUAGACACUGCAUAGACAAAAAUCACAAAAUAUGCUGUACGGCUCGUCGAAGAAAUCACACGUCGUGUCGUCGUUGCAAACGUUAUAAGAAAAUAUAUUUCUACACCGACGAUGUGGCUGUUAUUUAGCUGCUGUCUAUCCUAAAGGAUUUAUUUAAUACUGAGAUGUGCAAUUGUAACGAAAUAGAGAGAUCUUUUCAUUUCUGAAAUCAAUCGCAAACUAUCUAUUGAAAUCUGAUCUAUCUUUGCUCACCGACAUUCUGCGCACAAUGAAAUUUGAUAUUCCUUAUUGGGUAACUGGAUAAUAUUCAUGACAAAAAAAUAUACAGUCUUGUAAAUAUUUCCUGCAUGAUUUCUGCGUUAUUUCUUCCCUCACUCCUUGCUCAGUGACAAAACGUACUUAGUUACUCACCCUGAUUGAAAUUUAUUGUCACCUCCCAGAUUCUGGGAGACACGUGACCAGACAAUACCAGGGUAUUUUCUCAGCAGGUGGCCGUGCACCGAGCAUAAGAGAAAAUAGCCUGGGUACGAGGUUGACCAUGCACAUCAUUCUCGACAGAAAGUUAAGUUUUUCCAGAGAUCUAGAUAAGUUCACCAUUACUAUAUUACUAUUAUACUUGAGCUUAAUUAACUACACGGCUAAAAACGCACAGGUUGUUCCAAGUUGAUAUGUUGUGCGGCCAACUGUGAACAAGUUGUCAACCAUGUUGUUCCAAGUUGUUACAGUUGAACAAUGCUGUAACAACAUGUUGACAAUACUGAUCAUAUAACCUUGUUCACGCCUGUUGAUAUCAACCUGGAACAAGUUGUUGAUUUUCUCAAUUUUUACGCGUGUACUAUGGUCUAAACGAGCCUGCAUGCGCCUGGUUCCACACUUCCACUCUAGCUUAUCUCAUAAGCUGUUGGCAGCAUGUUUGAUCAAUCAUUAUCUUUCCGAUCUCAUUUCAAUUAAAUCCUGUGUUCCACGAGAUCCAUUUUAAUUGGGGUUUUUUUCUGUUUUUAAUUACUUGUCCGGCUUUGCUGUGACAAAAUCAACUCCACUUUUUUCGCAGACGAUGCCUGAUUCCACUGAAAUAACUUAAAAGCGGCUUAGUCGCGUGUCCGAGUGUUAAAAGCUGUAUCAAUAGUGAUCUUUUUAGUAUAUAUCCAAAUAUCGGGCCAAUGGAGCCCGCCACAAUCUAAUGACACAGUGCCGUUGCAAGCUCGAUAAUUGGGCUCAUAUUCAUAUAUUCGUGUUCUGCGUUAUUAAUUUCUUUUGAAAUCGAUUGUUUUUAUGGUCUGUGAACACGAAUAUAUGAAUAUGAGCCCCCCCCCCAAUUAUCGAGCUUGCUACAGCACUGUGACAAAUGUCUUUAAAUUAGCAAAAAAAACCAAAAUUCUUGCUGACUUUUUCAAUCGAACCGUAGCUAUAUUUGAACUCUGGCAGUCCGACUUGAUAUACUAGCUACAGCAUAUGAUAACAAAUAUGAAUUGGCAAUGCCUCUGUCUGUGUUAUCUGCUUUAUCUAACUCUUGAUUCAAUAAUAAUAAUAAUAAUAAUAAUAAUAAUAAUAAUAAUAUUGUUAAUUAAUUUAUAUAAAUUUAUUUUCAGCGUGAAGUACACACGAUGGCGGAAUCCUUACGAAGUAAAUUUCAAGAACACCUUAGCUGUACCAUAUGUUUAGAGCCAUUAAAAGAUCCGAAAGUCUUGCCUUGUUUGCAUUCCUAUUGUCAUGAUUGUAUUGCAAAACUUGACAUGACUGAAAAUAUAUUAACUUGCCCGGAAUGUCGCCAAAUAGUGGAGGUAUGUACAACUUUGAAUGCAUGAUGAGAUUGUUCAUGUCAUAAUCUAUUUUCUAUAAUUAUAUGACAUUGUAAGUAUAUGAGUGAAGCCGGGUUACUUAUAUCAGUCGCGGCGGAACAAUUGUUAACGUACGUUAUUUUGGGGGGCUAUUCUUCCAUAAAUUGUCCAACUAUAUAAAAAAAUUUCUGGAGGGGAGGGGGGGGGGGAGGGAGGAAGUUGACAUAUUUCAUAUUCCAUAUCUUUAAUACAUUCGCCGGUUUUCUUUCAUUUUCCCAAAUUGUUUCAGUCUAAAUUUGCCCAAUUUUAAUAUAUAAACUUUCAAUAUUUCCAAUCUUUAACCAUUCUCCUCCCCUCACAUCCCACCUCCCCGUUCCGCUGCCACGGACAACCUCGUCCCCAGGGCCUUUUGAGGAAAGGGCCACGGACUUAUAUGACGUUGCUCUCAGUGGCCUCGUACACUGGGUCAAAUACUUAGUUCUUGAAAUACUGUGACUGAAAACAAUGCAUGCAUGGGCUGCAUGUUCGCGGCCACGAUGGAUAAAUUUGGCAUUUCAUUCACGGUGGUUUUGGUGACGUCAAAAGCAGGCUUAGCCAUAUGAAACUACUAACAAUUAUUAGAUGCUUUUAAAAAAUGUUCUCCCUCAAUUUGUUAUUUGAAAGAGUAACCGACGUAUAAAUUUUGGGCUCAAGGAAAGUAUGUUUGUCUGACCCUGCUUGUGACGUAACAUGCACAUCCACAAUAAUGAAAGAUACCGGAAAAAAAAACAUUUGAAAAUAUUUCGUUAACUAAACAGCAUUUGAAGAAGAUCCAUAAAGAUUUUCCCAUAAUUUUAAAAGUUCUUUCAAAUGAGACAAACUAAAUUUUAUUGCCAUAUUCCUUCAAGUAAAGCAAGCAUGGCACAGUAGACGUACGAACUAUGGCACAGGCAAUUGGGGCAUAGCCUCCAAAACUUUAAGGCUCUUAGAAAGGUUUAACAAUCUACAGAAGAACAUUUCUCUCCUAAGAUCUGCCGUUCAAAACACGAUAGUUCACACACACCAAAACCAAUAUAAUACAAACCCUGGCAAUUGGGAAAUUCCCAGUUCAUUUUGAAUUAGGAAGUAGCUGGUUAUCGGCCUUUUUAACAAGGCCGGCGAGAGGGGGGGGGGGCAAAAUACCUGGGGCCCGGAGUGCUCAGAGGGUUUCGGAAAUCUCGGUAAAAUGUCCGUAACUAUUUUUAAAGACUACAACGCCUAUUUUCUGGUACGGUAACAUCCACACGCCACACGCGCCAUUGGCACCGAAAUUCUCCAGCGGUUUCUUGCAAGUAAUUCGCUGGCGAUUCCCUCGGGGGGGGGGGCGUGUUCACCAAUUUGGCCCAUGGCCCAUGGUUAGCUUUCGCCGGCGUUGCUCUUUAACACCCUGAAACCUCGACGUUUCGAACGAAGGUCCUUCGGGAGCCUUCGCUCGAUCAACGAAACGUCAAAUUUCUCCUUGUAUUUUUCAGGUAGUUGAUAUCCUUAUCAGUCCGCAGCUUUCGUGUCAUUCAAUUGCCUGUAACACGUACAUACGAUAUACAUUGAUCUCAAAGUUCCAUAUAUUAUAUUUCUUUCUAGGUUCCUGCACCUCCAGAUGUCUCAUUCCUGCCACCAAACUUUUUCGCCAAAAAUCUUCUGGCUACUUUGUUGUUAGCUUCAGAACCUGAUUCCGAGAAUAUUGUCUGUGAUAACUGUGACAGUGGAGAACACCCGGAAACACGUUGUCAACAGUGUACAAGAUUCCUCUGUCAAUUUUGUACGGAAUCGCACAAAAGAUCACGAGAUACCAAAACCCACACUUUGAGUACUUUGGAUGAAUUGAGAGAAAGUGAUUCGCCUGUUAUUGCGGAAACAGUUCGUUGUCAGAAGCAUGAAGAUGAAGUUAUCAAGCUUUACUGUAAGACAUGUCAAGAAACUAUUUGUAGAGAUUGUACUAUUGUGGAUCACCGUCAACAUGACUACGUGUUUGCCCGAGAUGUGUCUCAAGAAAAGAAAGACGAGCUGCUGCGCUUGGUUGGGGAAGUUAAACAGAAGAGAAGCGAGAUGGCUGAAAGUUUGGAAUACCUCAAGAAGUUGGAAGAAAUCGUGAAUGAAAGCAAUGAGUCCACGGUUCCAAAAAUAAAUCAAUAUUUUGCCGACUUGGUAUCUGUCGCAAAAAAUAAACAAAACGAGUUUUUGGAGGAAGCAACAGCCGUAAAGAAUGUCAAAUUAAAGGAGCUUCAUUUACAACGAGAAGAAUUGGAAUUAAAUUUGGGAAGCUGUGAUAGUAGCAUCGAAUUUACUGAACAAGCGUUCAAAAACGGCAACGAUGUGCAAAUUUUGAACUUGACAAAAUAUAUGGCACAAUGUUUAGAAAAUUUAAAGAAUAAGAAAAGUGAAGUCCAUCCUCCCCAUGAUGUCGAUGAUGACCAACCUUUGUCUGUAACGGAGUUGCCUGAUCACGUGAAUAUUUGUGAACGAAUGGCUCAAUUUCAUUUUGUUGGAGACGGCAGCGAAACUUCAGAUAUGUACACAGCUGCCUUCACGUCCCCGAAUGAAUAUUUAGAAGUUGGGGUGCAGUCAGAAGUAAUCAUCCAACCUAAGGACAGUUCGAUAACACAAGAUAAGAAUCGAGUCAAGAUUACAAUUAGCCCUAGUUUUGAAGGUGUUGCAGUUGAAGAUGUUGUUAUUGACAACAAUGAUGAUGGUUCGCGUACGGUACGUUUUCGUCCCAUCCACGUUGGAGAAUUAACAUUUGUAGCAUAUAUUAAUGGUUCUCGUGUUUCUGAAUGUGUCUUAACAAAUACAGUGAAGACAACGAAUGCGUUAAGAGACGGUUGUCAUAUUGGUGACUACAUUUUUGAGUCUGGAAUUCAUACUUGGGGGAUAGAAAUAGAUCAUUCGGGCUGUUCGUGGGGGGCGCGAGUUGAUUUUCAUGUAGGGGUAAGUGAUUGUACAAACUCUAGCAGUGCAAUUUUUACAGGCUAUGUGAAACCAAACUCCCGAGACACUGUUAACCUUACCCUUAAUAUGGAGAAGAAAGAAUUACACAUGAAAUCUUCGUGGAACUCUAAAGCUAAGAAGCUUGAUCUAAUGUCGUGUAGAAGGGUGUUUCCUUAUUUCUGGGCCGACUGCGGUGAGUGCAAAUUAACUGUUAUAGCAGAUGGCUGGUUUUUCAUAAGAUAUAAGAAGAAAUAAGAACUGUUAUACACAUCCGGGAAGUCAAAACUGGAAAACACUUUUAUAUAAAUCUUGUUGUUAAUGAAUUAAGGUAGUUCAAGCAACAGGCUUUAUGCACAGCCUGAGAUAAUUUUAUGUGGUCAAUAAUAUUAAAAUUUAUAGAUUGCAUAAUUUGGUAAAUUAUGUAUGAAUAUAUUAUAUAUAGCACAUGUAAUCUAAAUAAACCUUUGUAAGAGAGAGGCUUGGAGCAAGAACAAGUUCAACUGUAAGUUUAUCAGUUCAGCACUUUUGCGGUUUGAAAAUUUUUGUUCCAUAGCCUUUUUGAAAUUUAAGCCCACGUAAAUGACGUUUACAACUUGUAUUAUAUAUUAUUCUUGG